CUCGCGUUGCCUUGACGGAUACUGUGCGAGACGAGUGUCCUCUCUUCUCCUCUCCUCUCUCCUCCUCUCUCCUCCUCAGCCCUCGGCCGCCGGCAUUGCUCCUGUGCGAGGGCUUCGCGGAACACACUCUCGCUUGUCUCAAUCCAAUCCAAUCCAAUCCAAUCCCCCUCUCUUCUCUUCUCCUCUCUCCCGCUCACCUCUUUCUUCCCUUCCGUCGCUCUCUACUUCUGCAUCGCAUCGCUUCCAUCCGAGGCGAGGCUUCCUUACACCGUCCGCCCCUAGUCUGGGCCGUUUUUGUUGCUCUCACCUCUAUUCUCUGCCCUGGGAUCGGGCAGAGAACCACACACAAACCGCCAGAGAGCCUGCACGCUCAUCUUCAUCCGCAUCGGGUGAUACAGCCUGAUCCUCACCUCCCUCACUCGCUCCCUCGCCCGCUCGCCGAAUGCCAUGCCGACGCAAACGCUCCUCGCCGCCCGCGCCGAGGCACUGAAGCCGAGCCAGAUCGAGACUCUGGUGCUGCUGGAGCGCAUAGGAGGCUCCGUCAGCCUGGUGGCUGUGGUCUUGAUCUUCGUUGCGUAUGCCCUGGUUCCGCGUGUGCGAAAUGUCCAAAACACAUUCAUCAUGUUUGCGAGCAUCGCCAAUAUCGGCGCCAGUGUCGCGAGCAUCAUCGCCAUGGAUGGCUUGAACAGAGGCGUUGAAUCUGCCCUCUGUCAGGGGCAAGGCUUCCUAUUCCAGAUGUUCAUGCAGUCUGACCCCUGGUGGUCUCUCGCCAUGGCUUUCAACGUCUUCCUCGUCUUCUUCUUUCGAACAAGUCCAGAUGCCUUCCGUAAGUGGUGGUGGCUAUACUGCCUGAUCUGCUACGGAGGCCCCUUUGGCAUUUCUCUUGCGCUGGUCCUGGUUAGGCACCCGGGCCGCGGAAGAGUCUUUGGCCAAGCAGUCAUCUGGUGUUGGGUUGACCAUGACUGGGAAAACGUUCGCAUUUACUCUUAUUACAUGCUCAUUUGGAUUUGCAUUGUUGGAUCACUUUUAUUUUACUUCAUGGUUGGAUAUCACGUCUUCCGCUCCAGGAACCGACUAAGAAGCUUUUCCGCAUCCAAGAGUAGAGAGACUGCAACAACUCACGAGCAGCAGUUGCCUCGGGUAGAACUCCAUGUCCCCCAGGAUUGCUUCUACGGAACCAUCGUCACCGAAGUCCAGGUCGUCCAGUCGAAAGCUUGUACCACAGCGGCCCCCUCAGAGCCUCGACCUGCUCACACACAGUCAACAUCACAAGCCUCAUUCCAUGAAUCUCCGCCCUCGCCGAUCCAGACCGUGCCUAGCCAAUACUUCUCCACUGCCACGUCUCCCGCAGGCGCUCCGGUGCGGUCGAGACGCCCAUUGCGCCGCUUCACAUCAGCAACCAACAGGGCCGUGUCCAAGUUUGUCGUCGAGGAUCCCAUCAAGCGAGCGUACUUGCGGACCAGCUUCCUCUUUGCGCUGAGCGUUCUGGUUACGUGGAUACCGAGCAGCAUGAAUCGCAUCCACAGCUGGAUGGUAGGCGAGUCGCCCUACGAGUACCAUGUCGCGACGGCGGCCGUUUUGCCGCUGCAGGGCCUGUGGAAUGCCGCAAUCUUCUUCAUCACCAGCAGCCACGCACUCCGAGAGGGUCUGAGAGACAUGACAGAAGGAAGGGACAGCGACAUGGUGGAGACAGAGGUCGACAGGGUGGCGGUGAGCCCAGACUUGCGCUUCGACAGAGGAGAGAGCUGCUUGGAUGACACUGAGUCUGGGAGCGAUGUUGAGCUGCGACGGAUGGCGGAGGCGCCUGGGAAGAGGUCGACCAGUAUGUGA